AAAAUGACCUCCAGACGAGAUAUUUUAUAUUGUUAUUUUCGUUAGAAUGGUAAUGGUUUAUUUUUUUAAUACCUAUAUAGACAGUCAGUGUUGUUGACAGUAGACACAAGAGUGAGCGUCAGCACAACACUGAACACGAAAGGAUCUAGAUUCUAGAGUAGUAGUGUAACUACUAACUAGUCAUUACACAGUACGCGGUUGUGUCGUGCACACCUGUUUAACGAACUCUGGCGGAAUUUCGUUUGAUAAAUUAUUCACACUCUUGGGUACUUAUAUUUUAUAAACUAUUGUUACUAUUAUAAUAUUCUCGAUUCCUGUACGGGGCUGUACAAUCAUUAAUAUAGUAUAUUCAGUAAAUACUUCAAUUUAAAUAAGUCGUUACUAUUUUUUCAAAAAUGUCGUACAAAGUCACGUACUUCAACAUCACUGCUCUGGCCGAACCCAUCAGAUUCCUUCUGUCCUACUUGAACAUCGAUUUCGAAGACUUUCGUUUUGAACGUGAACAAUGGCCUGCACUCAAGCCUACCAUGCCAUUUGGCAAAGUGCCCGUUGUGGAAAUUGACGGCAAAGUAUUGAAUCAAUCAACAGCUAUUACUCGUUAUUUAUCCAAAAAAGCUGGAUUAGCUGGUAGUGAUGAUUGGGAGUCUAUGUUAAUCGAUAUUGCUGUUGAUAACAUUCAUGAUUUACGACAAGCUAUAGCAUUAUAUGCAUAUGAUCCAAAUGAGGCAACUAAAGAAGCAAGAUAUGCACCUUUGAUCAAUGAAACAAUUCCAUUCUAUAUGGAUAAAUUUGAAAAAAUUGUUGAAGAAAAUAAUGGAUACUUUGUAAAUGGAAAGUUGUCAUGGGCCGAUUUAUUUUUUGUAGCUAUUUUAAACUACUUGAAUUUUAUGGCAAAAAUUGAUAUAUUAGAAGGUCGUCCAAAAUUAAUAGCACUUAAAGAAAAAGUAUUGGAAGUGCCUCAAAUUAAGGCAUGGGUUGCUAAACGACCAACAGAUAAUCCUUAAAUAUCAAACAGUAUCAAACAGCACAUAUUAAUAAUAAUAAUAAUAAGAUUAUAUUUAUUUUUAAUUUAAUAGGACCUCAUUCAGAUGAAUUUUAUUUUUACACAUUUUAUAAUAAUAUAAUUAAAAUAAUGUAUUCAUUUUUUUUUAUAUGAAAGUAAAGCACUUGAAAAGUUUUAUGGAAGUUAAUAAAGUAUACAUUAUACAAGUA